AGGGCGCUUUGGGAACCAGGCUGAUCACUUCUUGGGCUCUCUGGCAUUUGCAAAGCUGCUGAACCGCACCUUGGCUGUACCUCCAUGGAUUGAGUACCAACAUCACAAGCCUCCCUUCACCAACCAUAAAGUCUUCAAAAAAGGGGCAAACCUCGCCACGUGGUGAUGAAGGCCUCUGAGUCUAGCACUUGGAGGGUGAGGCCAGUUGAAACGACAGGCAAGUACCAGGCCCGCUAGGGCUGUCUAGUGAGACCACGUCUCUUGAAAAGUUCCUGUUUUGGGGCUGGGGAUUUAGCUCAGUGGUAGAGCGCUUACCUAGGAAGCGCAAAGCCCUGGGUUCGGUCCCCAGCUCCGAAAAAAAAAAAAAAAAAAAAAAAAAAAAAAGAAAAGUUCCUGUUUAGUUUCAGAAGUGCUCUUCUCCACUCCCGUACUCCAAGCUUUUGGCUUGAGAGUAUACCGCAGCACAGCAGAGGCCUUGAGAAGUCCUGCUGAGCAAAGAAGCCAGCUUAGAACACACGUGCCCAAGCCUCCGCAGUUCUGCAGCCUUUGUACUGCACCUGAACUGGGAGGGUGAGCUUGGGAAACUCCAACCUGAACGGUGGACUCCAGGGACUGCUCCACCGUGUUCUAAGACAACUACCCUCGUGGACUCUAUGACAUGACCCCUGCUUCUUUCCUGCACUUCCAUUGUCACUGAAUGUUGCUGUCCACAUCUCCUGUAGAAAGUUCCUGAGGCCCCACAGAAAGAGCACAUCAUCCCGUGGCUCCAUGUGUCUUACCAAAAGUACUUCAAACUGGAGCCUCUCCAAGCCUACCAUCGGGUUAUCAGCCUGGAGGACUUCAUGGAAAAGCUGGCACCCUUUCACUGGCCCCCUGAGAAGCGGGUGGCAUACUGCUUUGAGGUGGCAGCCCAGCGAAGUCCUGAUAAGAAGACAUGUCCCAUGAAGGAAGGAAAUCCUUUUGGGCCAUUCUGGGACCAGUUUCAUGUGAGUUUCAAUAAGUCAGAGUUGUUCACAGGCAUUUCCUUCAGCGCCUCCUACAAAGAACAAUGGAUCCAGAGAUUUCCUCCAAAGGAGCAUCCAGUGCUCGCACUACCGGGGGCCCCAGCCCAAUUCCCCGUCCUGGAGGAGCACAGGGAACUCCAGAAGUACAUGGUAUGGUCAGAUGAGAUGGUGAGGACAGGAGAGGCCCAGAUCAGUACCCACCUCGUCCGGCCCUAUGUGGGCAUUCAUCUGCGCAUUGGCUCCGACUGGAAGAAUGCCUGUGCCAUGUUGAAGGAUGGGACUGCAGGGUCACACUUCAUGGCUUCCCCUCAGUGUGUGGGCUACAGCCGCAGCACAGCGACUCCCCUCACCACUACCAUGUGCCUCCCCGACCUGAAGGAAAUCCAACGGGCUGUGAAGCUUUGGGUGAGAGCACUGGAUGCCAGGUCGGUCUACAUCGCCACAGACUCUGAGAGCUAUGUGUCAGAGAUCCAGCAGCUCUUCAAAGAGAAGGUGAAGGUUGUGAGCCUGAAACCCGAGGUGGCCCAGAUUGACCUGUACAUCCUCGGUCAGGCUGACCACUUCAUUGGAAACUGUGUCUCCUCAUUCACUGCCUUCGUGAAGCGGGAGCGGGACCUCCAUGGGAGGCCGUCAUCCUUCUUUGGCAUGGACAGACCCUCCCAGCUUCGGGAUGAAUUUUGAUCCCAUCUGGAGCCCCCCCCCCCCCAACCAGACUUGGCUGCUAAGGGUGCUCCUGGGACUGCAAGCUCCUUUCCUCUCCUGCCAGAGAUGGAGAACAGUACCAAGGGCUCCCUAGAAGAGAAGGCAUUCCAUCCCAGGCCUUGGUUCCCAUGCUCCAUAGCCAGAGCUGCCUUGGGCUGCAUGUGCUUCUAGAGAACAUGCACACAAAGCAGCCCACCUCUAGCCUGGGGCUUUCCCUGCUCCGAGUGGCCUGGAGUGCUCAACUCACUCUUGAGCAGUUACUUUAUAAAAAGGAAGAUUUUUUUAAUAGGGUUUCUUGGAUGGGAGGUUGGGGGAGGAACAAAGGGGUAAGGUUAAGAUGAUCUCUUAUAGCCCAGGCUGGCCUUGAACUCCCAGUCUUCCUGCCUCUACCUCCUAAGUGCUGAGAUUACUGAUGUCUACCACGACACUCAGCUGAUCUCUGUAGUUUUGAUGCAAAGCCAUGACUACCUGAAAAUUUCCCUUUGUUUUUAAAAAAUCAGUGGAGUCCAUUGGCACAGAUACCUAAAGUGACCUUAUAAAUGCAGACAGAGCCAGGGAGCAGGUGGGCCCAUUGGCUACUUUUCUGGGAUCCCCUAAAGGGCCAUCAGACUUCCCCACUGCCAGGCCUGGGCUCCUUUGUUGUGAACACAACAGGCAGCAGUUAGCAGCCCUGUUUUCCAGUGCUCCAGGGACAGGUAACACAGCAGGUGGCUGUGUUCAGGCCUAGCAGCAUCACUGUCCGGUGAGGCUGGCAGGGUGCUCUGAAGGCUGCUGUGUCCAAGACCCUCCCAGCCUCUGCUCUGUGGUCGCAGCCCUCACAGCAGCCAUUCCCCAGUACUGCUCACUAGGCCUCUGAUGCAUGCACAGAGGCCAUGUGAAGCCCCAGCCUGAAGCAGUCUUUGCCCUCCAGCGAGUGCACCACCUGCUCGUGUGGUGAGGUCCUUCUGAUGCUCCUCUCAUUCGUAAGAAGUGCACUCUAAGGGACUGAUCAGGUGGCUCUCGGUUCUGCCAUGCGCAGGGACAUUGAGAGGCUGGAGCCCCAUCCUAACAGGCAUAGUAUUUCUGAAGAGUAGGUGCUGGGACUCUUGUCUGUGCCAAGCCUGCACUCUUUGGGCCAGUCUCUCCCCUGUAAGUGCUGUCGGGUGGGUUAUAAGCCCCAAGUCCGCUAGAAACCGUUCUAAACCUGCACUAUAACAAGGCCCCUCUGCAGCCAUCUGGGGCUUAAGUGUGCUUAUUCCUUGUGCUCCCAGAUCAGGCACUGUGCUGGGCCUUAUGGGCAUCCUCUUCCUUACCUUCCCCUGGUAUUAUCCUUUUCUUUCUGACAAAAGUGAACGUUCAGAGAAGUGUUCUCCCUGGCAGGGCUGCACAGCUGUGGAGGGUAAGCCAGACCCACUGGGAUCUGUGCUGCCUGCCUCCCAGGACACAUUGUGCACGGAAGGCACUCGGGGAGUGAGGAGCCACCCUGACUGCUGUUGGCAUCUGCUGCCAGCGCUAGUAGGAAGCGACAUAAAGAGAGGAAGCCUUGGGUAGCCAUAGUUACAGUUUUAUAGAUUUUAUUCAGGAAAUGUUUACUGAUCACUUACAGUGUGCUAGGAAGGAGGGUUGCAACAGAGAAAGCCUCAAAGGAUCAGGUUUGCAAUCAGAGGAAAACAAAGUGUCUAUGCUGUGGAAGGGAAGUGCUCUGAAGAAAAGCCAAGGGUACUGGCACAGGGAGGCUAUUUUAGAGGAAUCACCUUAAGGCGUAGAGAGAACGCACUCUGCUAAGGAGGCCGCACAUUUCCAGCAGCAAGCAUGGCACGUGCCAAGGCCCUGAGGCAGGAGUGGGGGCAGCAAGGGAACAUCAGUAGAUGAGCAGAAAGGUGACAUCCCAUGGAUUCACUUUGUUUGGGACCAAAGAGAGUGUGGCCUGUUUAUGAGAACCCUGUCUCGUGCUUAGAGAAGUAGGAGAAGGGGAGUAGAGCAGAGGCUGGUGCUGCCGGUGGGCAAGAGGCUUGGCCAUUGUGCUGGAGGUGGGAGAAGAGAUCACAUUUGAGUAUAUCAAGUUAUUUUUUUUUUUUUUUUUUUUUUGGUUCUUUUUUUCGGAGCUGGGGAUCGAACCCAGGGCCUUGCGCUUCCUAGGUAAGCGCUCUACCACUGAGCUAAAUCCCCAGCCCCAUCAAGUUAUUUUUGUAAUUCAGUCUCUUUUUAAAGAUACCAAUCUGCAUAACCGUGUAACAUAGACCAUUUAAUGUUGUGGGUUUUUUACAUAACCACAUACCAUAUUUUCCCUGUAUGAAAGUAGCUGAAUGGAUGCUUUUAAUCAUGUAAACUUCCACUGAGGGUUUCACAGUUUGUGACCCACCUUCUAUGAGGUCAUUGCCCAGCUGUUCCUGUUGGGAUUUUUUCCAAGACAGGGUUUCUCUGUGCAGCCUGUGCUGUCUUAGAAUAUUCUGUAGACCAGGCUGGCCUCUAGUUCACAGAGGUCGCCUGCCUCUGUCCCCUGAGUGCUGGCAUUACAUGAGCGCCACCGUUGCCCAGUUGCUGUUGUGAUUUGAAAACUACUGCCUACAAAGACUUUUUUAAAUUUAAGAUACAAAUUAUGAUAAAUUCACAGAAGUGAAUUUGUUCAAUACAAGAAUGUAUAUGAUAAGAAAAUUCAACUAUGCUCAAAAAUUGUGGAUUUAAAAAACUGAGCUCACAGUGUUAACAAUUCAUUUUACCAGCUAGUUUCAUUUAUUCCCUACUCCUAGUCUGUCUAGAGACUUGUGUUGUUUGUUUCAUUUUGUACUUUGUGGUAGGGUCUCCUCUCGGCCAGGCUGGCCUGGAACUUUUGACGUAGUCCAGGCUUAUCAUGAAAUCUUAGUCCUCCUGUCUCAGCCUUACAAGGCUGUGAUUACAGUUGUGACCAUCGGUUCCUCCUGAGUCUUUGAAUGAAUUGCAUGGGUGCCCAGGAAAGAGGCAACAGAAGCUGCUGUAGUAAGGAAGGAAGGAGGGAGCCUCAGGAGGAGGUUGAGCUCAGGCAGGCCUGUUUUCUCCUCCAAAUUCUAGGUGCUGAGGCAGUGGAUAUCUUCUCUGUGGUAUCCUGCAGCACAAGGCACGGAAAGCCAAUCACAGCUGAGCAAUCCAAGUGGCUGGAGCCAAAAGCCCCCAGGAACGUGCAUUUUUGCAAGCUCCUGUAAAAGGCCCAAGGCCUGCGGUGUGGUCACCGAGGGGAACCACCCUAAAUGCAAAGUCCCAGUUGAGCCUUUUAGACCUAGCCUGUAAUCUCAGCUACUUUGGAGGUUAAGACAGGAGACUCACAUUCUAAGCCUACCUGGCAACUUAAGUGAGACUGUCUCAAAAUAAUAAGGCUUGAAAAAGGAGAAGUAUGAUUCAGUUAGCGGAAUGUUUGCUCACUACAACAGCCCUCAGGAGUACAGGGGAAAGAAUCCAUCCAGUUACACAGGAUACCGUAUCUUGGCCACACUGGCCUGGCAACAAAGCAGGGCCUUGUGCACUAGCGUUUGCAUUCUGUUUUGGCUGGUUUUUGUCAACUUGACACAAACGACUCAUCUGAGAAGAGAGAGCCUCAGUGGAGAAAAUGCCCCUAUCAGAUUGUCCUGUAGGCAAGUCUGUGGGUAUUUUCUUGAUUGGUAAUUAGUAAAGCUGGGUGGGGUGUCACCUUUAAUCCCAGAACUGGGCAGGCAGAGGCAGGCAGAGGCUGGACGAUCUCUGAGUUCAAGGCCAGCCAGGUCUCUAAAUGGUCUGGAGCACACCAGUAAGCAGUGUUCCUCCACAGUCCGCUUCAGUUCCUGAUCUGAGUACCUGGCUUGGCCUCUCUUCAUAAUGGACUACACAAACUGUAAAGUGAAAUAAAGCCUUUCUCCCCCA